CAAUUGAGUUCUAAUGAGUGUUUCUUUAGGUUCAUGGUACUGAAGAAGGGACAAACUACCAUCAGGUCAAAAAAACUAAUCCUGGAAAUGCCCAAUCGUCCUAGGAAAGCCUUGUCAAAUAGGUGAAAUUAAGCGACAAAAUGUUUAGUAAUACGGCCCAUUGUGUGUCUGUCUCUCUACAGGAAGAUGAGGCUAGCGUUGGGCUGUGUGUUGGUGCUCCCUGCCGCCCUUCACCUCCUGCUGUGCCACGCCCCCGCCGCCGCCGCCGACACCGCAACGGACGCCGACAUGCACGCGGACGCUCGCCAACCGACUCCACAUCCACCUCUCGCCCCGCCCCGACAGCCCCGACAGCCCCGACACGACCCACUCCUCGGUCUAGGACUUCUUGCAGGACUUCCACGCCUCCUCAGCCUCACCCCGCAGGACACGCCGCUAAGUUCACAGCUCCUAGACGCCCUGACCCUCCCCUACAUGCAGCGUCACCCCCAUGGAAGCCUCACGCCCUUAGCUAGUCCUCUGCAAAGGGCCUCAACGCUGCAGGACCUUCGGGAGAUCGGUAGUUUCCCGCUGGAUGACUUUAAGUUUCUGCAGGCGCUUUUGAAUGUGCCUGACGGAGGAUUUGGUCAUUGGCAUGGUGGUGUCAGUAGGAAAGAGACGGGCAGAAGGGAUGACUGUAGCGGACGCCUGCCCUCAGAAGACGCCCCGUGCCCCUCAACUCUUCUGCAGAUUUUGAGCGGCCGAGUGCCACGCCCUCCCGAGGUCCCUCCGCCCCCCCGCCGCCCCCCUGUCUUCCCCUGGACCCCCCUCUCCUCCUCCUCGUCUUCCUCCUCCUCAGCCUCCGCCGCCGACGCCGCCGCCUCCUCCCCCCACUGGCUCAAAACACCGCCCUCCAAACGCUACCUUGGCAUCGAGCUCCCAGACUACAUCGCCACGAGCUAUUCCUCCAUCAAGACGGACAACGCUCACUACCUCACCAAGCUGCACCAACUCAAGCAACGCAUGCGCAACGCCGGGAAGUAGAUCGCGUGGGGUGCCCGCUGGUCCGCGCUGCAUGACUGUGUGUGUGUGUGUGUGUGUGUGUGUGUGUGUGUGUGAGGUGGAUGGUAUAUGUAAGGUGAACUCCAAACAGCAACAACAACAGCAGCGUCAGCAUUAUAUCUGGUUCAUGUCCCGCGGUAAAUUAUAGGGAAGAUGUGGGCGAUUUUCCGAACGUUGUCUGGUAUCCUGGUAUCAUUAACUCUUUUUUUUAUUAUUCAGCAUUAGAGGAGGCAGCUCAAGGACAAAAAACGAGAAAAAGGCAAAAAACAGCCCCCUAGACACCGCUCAUGUAAAGAAAAAAAGAACAAAGUGGCCAAGAAGAGAGGUCAGCUUCGGUCAAGUUUCCUCUUCCUGUUUACAUCAGUUACCCCUUAAGUGGAAGACAUGAAUUAUUGUGUCGAUCACAUGACCUCAAAAUACUUAGGUUGGUAUUAUAAGACACUUUCGCUUCUCACAUCAGCUAUUUCUAAAGGUCAGAGAGGGGGUCAAUCGGGUUGUAAUGAGUGUUUCUUUAAGUUGACGGUACAGAGGAAGGGUCAAACUACCACCAGGGUCAUAAAACUACUCUUGGAAAUGCCCACAACUCCUACGAAAGCCUUGUCAAAUAGGUGUUCUUGGACGACGGAAUGUUAAUGUCUGCCUGUUUUCUCUUUCACUCCUACACUCGACACGGCAGAUUUCGAGUUCCCUCUGUUUUGUAUUGGUUAUCUCCUAAGUGGAAGAUAACUAGUGUCGAUUAUAUGACCUCAAAAUACUUAAUGCCUGCCUGUUAUCUCUUUCACUCUUACACUCGACACGGCAGAUUUCGAGUUCCUUCUUGUUUUUUUGUAUUGGUUAUCUCCUGAGUGGAAGAUAACUAGUGUCGAUUAUAUGAUCUCAAAAUACUUAAUGUCUGCCUGUUAUCUCUUUCACUCCUACACUCGACGCGGCAGAUUUCGAGUUCCUUCUUGUUUUUUUGUAUUGGUUAUCUCCUGAGUGGAAGAUAACUAGUGUCGAUUAUAUGACCUCAAAAUACUUAAUGUCUGCCUGUUUUCUUUUUCACUCCUACACUAGACACGGCAGAUUUCGAGUUCCCUCUUUUUUGUAUUGGUUAUCUCCUGAGUGGAAGAUAACAAGUGUCGAUAUGACCUCAAAAUACUUAAUGUCUGCCUGUUUUCGUUUUCACUCCUACACUCGACACGGCAGAUUUCGAGUUCCCUCUUUUUUGUAUUGGUUAUCUCCUGAGUGGAAGAUAACUAGUGUCGAUUAUAUGAUCUCAAAAUACUUAAUGCCUGUCUGUUUUCUUUUUCACUCCUACACUCGACACGGCAGAUUUCGAGUUCCCUCUUGUUUUUUUGUAUUGGUUAUCUCCUGAGUGGAAGAUAACUAGUGUCGAUUAUAUGACCUCAAAAUACUUAAUGCCUGUCUGUUUUCUUUUUCACUCCUACACUCGACACGGCAGAUUUCGAGUUCCCUCUGUUUUGUAUUGGUUAUCUCCUGAGUGGAAGAUAACUAGUGUCGAUAUGACCUCAAAAUACUUAAUGUCUGCCUGUUAUCUCUUUCACUCCUACACUCGACACGGCAGAUUUCGAGUUCCCUCUGUUUUGUAUUGGUUAUCUCCUGAGUGGAAGAUAACUAGUGUCGAUUGUAUGAUCUCAAAAUACUUAAUGCCUGUCUGGCUGUAUUCUUUUUAAAUCCUAUACUCAAUACGUUGUCACGGGCUUAAAAAUUCAUCUUAUGUGAGUUUUCCUUUUUGUCUUAUUCCACUGAAAGCCGUGAUCGUGGCCAGAGAGAAAAUAAACAGUGGAAAGAAGAAAACGUCAACGGUUAUAAUAUAGAAAAUAGAAAAUGAAUCUUUGUCAUUCCUUCAUCCUGGUAUUCAAAGAGUCACCGUACACUAAACUGACCACCAGAAGACCCGCUCCCUCCACCAAGCUACAUGUGAUUAGUUGGCUGAUUUGAUUUGAUACAUUUGAGAUAUACACAUACAUAUAACAGUAUACAUAUAUGGUCUCAAAAGGAUGAAGGUACUUUUGUCGCCUUCACCCCAACCCUGCCGUUUUUUGCUUUUACAUUACCUUACAUAACAUUACACUAAAUUUUCGUACGCUAUGACACAUCUAGUACAGGGUUAUUGCCGUAUAAUACACAUCUUUACACUUUCCUGUCAUCUCUUCUAAGGAGCCCUGGGGAACCCCUGGGCUUGACGUCGUAGAGUGGGUGAGGCGACGCUCCCCCAUACGUAUGCUCCUAUUGACUGAUUGAUCACCUUGGACGUGUGGUAAGGGAGGGGGCGGAGUUUCCAGGUCAAUUUGAUGUACGAUGAUUAUAUAAUGUUUUUUUUUUUGCGUUAUACAAUGUUAUUUUAAAAGCGUAGGUGUUGCUUAUUUUUAUUCAUGUGAUGUCUCCACUAUACCCGCGUCCUCUGUGUCUGUCUGUCUGUCUGCCUGUCUGUGUACUUCAAAAGGCCAUAUUGUUGUAGUGACUUUGUUCAGAGUGUUAAAAAGAUUAGUUGAAGAGAUACGUAUAAGAGGAUCGAAUUUACGGUGUACUUCAUCUUAUAACGAAUGAAAUGGAAAGCAGAAAGAGAAAGGAGGAAAAGGAGGAGGAAGGGAACGAAGACAAUGAAGGAAGAGAAGAAAGAACAAAAACAAGAAGAACAAGAAAUAGAAUACGAAAUAAAGAAGAGGAGGAGGAGGAGGAGGAAAAGGAGGAGGAAGAGAAUGAAGAGCAAGAAGGCGCAGAGAAAGAACAAAAACAGCAACAAGAAAACAAAAACAAAGAAGAGGAAGAGGGGGAAAAGGAGGAGAAAGGGACAAGAAUAAGAACAAAAAAAAAGAAGAGGAGGAGGAGGAGGAGGAGGAGGAGGAGGAGGAGAAGAACGAAUAUAAGGAAGAAG